UGUCCAAUGAUUGUGAAGAUGUUUGCAUUACAAUAGAUGGGGAGGAUGAAGAAGAAGAAGAAGAUACUCGUUUUAAAUUAAUCCCGUUUGAGCAGAAUCUUAUGGUUGAGAAUUUUAUUAGCGAUGUUUUGUAUAUAAUGGCAAGGUUAAAUACUCUAUAACUUUUUGGAAAUUGAAUAGGAAUUUGUGGUUUUAUUUUUGUGAGUUGGUCCGCAUAAAUAAUCUUUAAAUGGCCACCUCUAGUAAUUUAAAACCGUUAGAGAAAGAACGUUUUUAUUUUAGUGGCCUCGCAUUAGAACGCCUUUUCUUUGCACAUUUGCAUUUGUAUAGUGAUCAAAGGCAUACUUAUUUAAUAAUUAACACUACACCUGAAGAUGAGCAUUUUUAUUUGGAGAAAUUGAAAGCCUUAAAUCCUGAUUCACCGCCAAAAUUGAUUACAGCAGAUGUGCUUGCCAAAGAUCGUGUUAUCAUCUACAAAUCGGGCGGAGUUCAAUUUGUAACAUCUCGAAUUUUAAUGGUUGAUUUAUUGGCAGAACGUGUUCCUUUCGAUAAAGUUGUUGGUAUUCUCGUAUAUAGAGCUCAUGAUGUUCUUCAUGGUUUUAAGGAAUCUUUUAUUCUUCGCUUAUUUCGAGAGAAAAAGAAAGAUGGAAUUGUUAAAGCUUUUACUGACCGUCCUCUUUACAUUGUUAGUACAGGAGUAAUUGGACAGCUUCAAAGAUUAUUAAAUUUACUUUAUGUUCGAAAGGUUGUUAUAGUGCCUCGAUUUCAUGAAGAACCCAAACUUACACAAAUGUCUAUAAAAUUACAACCUUUACAACGCAAAACACAAUCAACUCUUCAUGAUAUAAUUGCUACUUGUGUUCGAGAAUUGAAACAAAGUACUAAAGGUUUCGAUCCAGAAACUUUAUCUGACACAUUAGCACCAUAUGCGACUUUAUAUCCCACUAAACUUGAAUUGGAAUUGCGUAAAAAUGAUGUUUGUUUAACUGACCGACAGCGGCGUCUUCUUGAUGAUUUGAAAAUUUUACGGAAUUUAUAUCAAAAAUUGAGUUGA